UUUCCGACCCCAUUCUACCCCCACCCCCCUGAAUGAGAUACUCUGCCAUCGUCUCUAUUCUAUCGGACACAGCAACGGUUUUUAGGAGAGAGCGAGCGAGAGACGUCCGCGAUGAGAUACUCAAACUCAUUGCACUUUCUUUCACUCUCAUGUCUAAAAACCCUAAAAUCCUCCUUUCCUCUUUGUCCCUCAACCUAAUUCUUGUCUCCCACUCUGUCUCUUACAUUCUUUGAACGAUGCGUCCUCCGAAGUCACGUCAAGUUCAUCCCACCCCGGUUCAGGGUGGCCGUCUCGACCCUAAAAUCUGGCGAGCAUGCGCCGGUGGAUCCUUUAGAAUCCCUCCUCUUCAUUCUAGGGUUUAUUACUUCCCUCAGGGCCAUAUCGAGCAUGCCUCGUCGGCUCCUCAAUACCUUAACCCUCUAGUCUUCUACAGGCCCUUCAUUCCCUGUCGUGUCUCCGCUGUUGAAUUUCUUGCCGACCCUUCCACUGAUGAGGUUUUUGCCAAGAUUUCGCUCCUUCCUUUGAGUGAUGGCAACUCUGAUCACUAUGCCGAUUCCUUGGAAGCGCCGGACGAUGACAAGAUCGUGUCGUUUGCGAAGGUUCUGACGCCUUCUGACGCGAACAAUGGCGGUGGAUUCUCUGUUCCCAGGUACUGUGCUGACUCCAUCUUUCCGCCCCUGAACUUCCAGGUCGAUCGACCCACUCAGACAUUGUACGUGACGGAUGUUCACGGUAACGUCUGGGAUUUUCGCCACAUUUAUCGGGGCACACCGAGGCGGCACUUGCUCACUACUGGCUGGAGUAAGUUUGUCAAUAAUAAGAAGCUGGUUGCUGGUGAUUCGGUGGUUUUCAUGAAAAAUUCCAGGGGGACGAUGUUCGUCGGGAUUCGCAGAGCUUUGCGAUUUGCUAAAUUAACUACCGUCGAUUGCUCCUCGUGGCCUUCCCAACUUGGUGGGGUGAGAAAUAAGCCUGAGGGGGAGCAGCAGCAAGUGGGCUAUCUAGGUUCCAAAGGGAAAGAAGGGUUUUCAAGGAACGGGAAGGGGAAAUUGUCGGCCAAGGAAGUUGCUGAUAAUGCAGAAUUGGCAGCACAAAACAUGCCAUUUGAAGUUGUGUAUUAUCCAAGGGUGGGCUGGUCGGACUUUGUGGUGAAGGCAGAAGUUGUGGAGAAAGCUUGGAAUGUCGCGUGGACUUCCGGAAUAAGAGUUAAAAUGGCAAUGGAGACAGAGGAUUCGUCCAGGAUCACAUGGUUUCAGGGGACAGUAUCUUCUGCAUCUGCGCCUGAUAAUGGACUUUGGCGGGGUUCUCCAUGGCGUAUGCUUCAGGUUAUGUGGGAUGAACCUGAAGUCUUGCAGAAUGCAAAGCGAGUGAGCCCCUGGGAGGUUGAACUUGUUUCCUCUGCAUUUCCCCCUAAUGCAGUAUUCCCUCCUGCAAAAAGGUUUAGAGCUGCUCAGUAUUGCGGGGUGGCAACUGAUAGAGAGGGAGACCCCUUCUUUAUGACAGGUUUGACCAAUUCAACAAUGGGACACUUGAACCAAUCAUUGUUGAGUUACAAUACUGUUCCUGCUGGCAUGCAGGGAGCCAGGCAAGAUCUAUCUUCUGUAUCAAGUCUCUCCAACUUUGAAAUUGGUAAUUCUCAUCUGUAUAUUGGUAAUACAUUUGGGAAUAUGGUACCCAAGAUGAAACCUUUUAUGUCAACAGAGCCAAAUAUUGACAGUUCUCAGUCUUAUAGCUUGUCACCAGAAAGCCAGAGUAGUUUGCAUGGCUCUGGCACAGAAUUUGCUGGGACCCGGAACUGCAAUUUUGCAAAACAGGGUGCGAGUUCAAUUCAGCUAUUUGGUAAGCUCAUUCAAUUGGAACAGCCCGUUGAAAGUGGUUCUCAUGCUUUUGGGUGCACGGUAGAUGAGGGUAGUAAUGGUUGCAAUGAGACUGAAGGUGUUGACCAACCACUGGACCACUCUUUAACCAACAAAUGCUCGCUUGGCUUGAUGUCCAAUACCAAUGAGCAUUCUAGGCAGUAGAAGCAAGUUAACUAUAGUAGUUAUGCCCUGUUCCGCACAUAUUAGUAUAGCUAUACAGGUAUAGUUUAUGUCUUUAUGUUUAAAUGGGUUGAACUCGUCAUUAGUACAAGAUCUUAUGAUGUGUGAAACAUUUGGAAAGUGCCUUUCAAUUGAGAAAGUGACGUGAAUUGUGAGAAUGCUUAUGAGGUUCGUUUACUUUGUU